AUGGGCGGUGGAUAUGUUUCGGCAACAGCAGCGCCAGGAGGCCCCCAAGAUCUCUAUGGCCCAGAGGCACCGCUACCAACCAGUAGCGAAGAGUGGAAGGACCGCGGUGCCGCUGUAGGCGUGCGCAGAGAAACAGACUCGAAUGGCAAGACCGUCAUCCGACAUGUCAAGAAGGGAGUUAGAGACUUCGCCUUUGGACGCGUGCUCGGAGAGGGCUCAUACAGCACGGUCUAUUUAGCUACUGAUCGACAAACUCUUAAGGAGUACGCCAUCAAAGUCCUCGAGAAGAAGCAUAUCAUCAAAGAGAAGAAGAUCAAGUACGUCAACAUUGAGAAGAAUACCCUAAACCGCCUCACCGAGCAUCCUGGAAUCGACGAAAUGUCUCUAUACUACGUUCUUGACCUUUGCAACGGCGGCGAACUUCUCGGAGUACUGAAAAAGACGGGCUCUUUUGAUCUGGAGUGUACGAGGUUCUACAGCGCCCAAAUACUAGACGCCAUCGACUACAUGCAUUCGAGAGGAGUCAUCCACCGCGAUCUCAAGCCCGAGAAUGUCCUCUUGGACGACCACAUGCAUGUGAAGAUCACAGAUUUUGGCACAGCCAAGCUACUCAAAGACCCGAGAGAGGCGCAGAAUGUCAGUGAAAGCGCACGGGGACUGCCAGAGAGUGGUCGGAGCGAGGCAGACGACGACAAUCGGGCGGCUUCAUUCGUGGGUACCGCCGAGUAUGUCAGCCCCGAACUCCUGACCAGCAAGAACGCAUGCAAAGCGAGCGAUCUGUGGGCUUUCGGAUGCAUAGUAUACCAGCUGUUAGCAGGGCGUCCACCUUUCAAGGCCGCAACGGAAUAUCUCACGUUUCAGAAGAUUGUCAACUUGGAGUACGACUUCCCUGCCGCCUUUCCACCAACAGCUCGUGAUUUAGUGGAGCGAUGCUUGGUCCUUGACCCAGCCCGUCGUCUCACCGUUGAGCACAUCAAAAACCACGAGUUCUUUGACGGACAACCAUUUGGCAAAGGCCUAUGGAGAACCAAAGCCCCACGGCUUCGACCUUACAAUCCCACACCACAGGAUCCGACUGUCAUUCAACUUAAUGGCGUGAGCAACAGUCCAAACGCUGCUGCACCACCUAGGAGCUCCCAGCCGCAAAGUUCGGCCCUGAAUGGCAGCGCUCGACCAGCCAGAAUCAUCACAGAGCUUCCUCCUCCAACCCAGCUGGAUAUCGAGUGGUCCCCAGUCUUGACGAAGAACAACGAGAGGAUUCUUAAACUGGGCGACUUGAUGGUCGUCUCGAGCCCCUUGCCGAGCGGCCAUGGGAAAGGUGGCGAGCACGCCGAGGGACACAAGAAGCUAUCGAGGUUCUUUGGCGGAAGUACGACCAAGAAGAGACAGAGGCUGGUAAUGGUAACUUCGAGCGGUCGCAUACUGCUGGCACCGGCUGGCGGAGAAGAAAAGCGCGCCAAGCAAGAGAUUUCACUGCUUGCGCCCGAAUGCACGUGGAGGACGCAGCUUGACGUAAAGGGGCAGACUGUAUGGUGUGUCGAUGCGGUAAGUAUCCUGGACAAGAAGUCUCGCCGCUCAUCUAAAAUCCGACAGGGCGGCGUCCACUACACAUUUGAGGAGCCCAAGGGGAGUUCCAGCUCUUCAGAGAACGGCACCACGGCCAGCGACUGGAUAGAGUCCCUGGAGAGAGCCAAGGAAUUGGCCUUGUCUCAAAAUCUCUCUGGCUCUUAUGCUGGCGACAACGGUUUCGAUAUGUCAUCCACAGUGUCGAGCCCUGCUAGCACUCUUGGUGGACGCGGCGUUUACCCUGAUAGCUUCAGUGUCAGCGACCGAUCCGGUCGAAACCAUCUCAGCAAAAGCCAGGCCAGUCUGGACGAUUCAGCUUCUACUACCAAGCGAAACCGUUUCAGCAAAAGACAGUCCAAGAAUGGUCUUGGCCAACAAUUCUAA